CUGUGAUGCGUAGACGACCACAGGAUAAGAAUGCCCCUCGGAAGCCGCCCACUGCCUUCAUGUUAUAUGUAAAACAUCGACGUCUCCAGUCUGAACAACUCGCUUCACUGCCUUUUGGCGAACGGAAUCGGAUUUUGGGCAGUGAAUGGAGCAAUUUACCAGCAGAUCAGAAGGCUGGGUUCUUUAACGAGGCCAAAGAACUACGUGAUAAGUAUACUCAGUUGUUGGCAGAGUACAAGAAAAGUGAUGCCUAUAAGGAUUGGCUUGCCAGUGCGGAAAGUACCGAGAUACAGAAGACGAAAUCGCGGGGUAAACACAAGCUUGAUCCGAUCAGCGGCAGUGUACAACCCGACUACAAAAUUCCCAUAUUUACACAUGAGUUUUUGGAGUACAACAGGUUGAGGGAAGUAGUCUUGCGUCAACUGAAAAAGCAGGCCGUACAGCUGGAAGAGGAGACGGCCUUGCUGAGCAAACACGUGGACAAUCUGGUCAAUGCGGAGGCCAAAACUAAAUCACAACUCCAAACCUAUCAAGAACAGCUGGACAACGAAGAGCAGCUUCUUAAACGACUGCACAAGGAAUUAGUUGCAGCCCUGGGGGAAAUUGUUCUGCCUCAUACCACUGUCAACGACCCGAAUUCCAAGGGCACAGAACGUAUAACAGAAACUAGUGUUGAGUCGUUUCUCAGUCAACUUGGUCAAUUGCACAAAUCCAAACAGCAUAUGGAUGUGGUCAACAAGGUGAUCCAGGCUUUGAACACUGCCAUUGCUAAGAAAGUACUGAAACUGCUUAUUUGAGUUUCAAAGGGGCAUCCAUUCCGUGUAAAUUAUGUACAUACUUUGAAUGGUAUUAUUUUGUUUUGAAUAUACAUACUUCAUUACCGUA